AUGGCGGGGAGCGGCCGAGCCGGGGCGGCCCCGGCCCCGCGGGAGCACCGCCUGCAGCCCGGGGACACCCUGCCGGGGCUGGCGCUGCGCUACGGGGUGACGAUGGAGCAGAUCCAACGCGCCAACCGCCUCUACUCGUCCGACACCAUUUUCCUGAAACCCUCCCUGCUCAUCCCCGCGCCCUGCCCGGGCCCCCAGCGCCUCCCUGGGGACGUUCCCGGGGAUGGGGACAUCCCUGGGGACAUCCCUGGGGACGGGGACAUCCCUGGGGACAUCCCUGGGGACACCCCCGGGCCCUCCCGCCGCGACCUCACGGCCUCGGAUUUCCUGCGGCGCCUGGACGCGGAGAUCGGGCGCUCCAAGGAGGCGGCGCAGCAGCUGCAGAGCCACAGUGACAGGUGGGAACUGGGGCCUGGUGUCACUGUGUGUCCCCACAGCCCUGGGGGUGGCCCUGUCCCCGUGUCCCCCCGGGGGGCCCGGCUGGGACCUCGACCCCUGACCAGGACACCGAGAGCGGCGGCGCUGAGGGACAGCGAGGACGAGAUCUUCACCUUGUGACAACGGGGACAUUGGGGACAGCGAGGACGAGAUCUUCAUUUUGUGACAUUGGGGACAUCAAUGGGGACAUUGGGGACAUCAGUGUGACACUGAAAUGGGACAUUGGGGACGUCAGGAACAGCGAGGACGAGAUCUUCACUUUGUGACAUUGAAAUGGACACUGGGGACAUUGGGGACAAGAUCUUCACCUUGUGCCACUGGGGACAUUGAAAUGGACACUGGGGACAC